AAUAAUUAAGAUGAAUCUGGUUAGAUAAAAAAGGAGACUUGUGAGCUUCUAUGUACUUCUGCAUUCUUUGAUUGAAGUAUAGCGUAAAAAACACUACAAUUGUAUUUUUACAGUCGUUUUUACAACAGCAGAAAAUUAUUUGGAGGAGUGAAACAGAUUAUUUUCAAAUGGCCUCGGCUGCGAUGUCCCCGACUGAGGAUGACGAGUUAACACUUCCUCGUGCAUCCAUUAAUAAGAUGAUCAAGGAAAUCCUACCGCACGUACGCGUUGCUAACGAGUCACGGGAAUUAAUCUUAAAUUGUUGUACAGAAUUCAUACAUUUGUUAUCUUCUGAAGCCAAUGAAAUAUGUAAUCAACAACAAAAAAAGACAAUAAAUGCAGAGCACAUUUUGCAAGCACUUGAAAAACUUGGUUUCGGGGAUUACAGUGCAGAAGCGGAAGCUGUUUUAAGAGAUUGUAAAGCAGUAGCAGCCAAAAGAAGACGUCAGAGUACAAGAUUGGAGAAUCUAGGAAUUCCAGAAGAGGAAUUGUUGAGACAACAACAAGAACUUUUUGCAAAAGCAAGAGAAGAACAAGCUGUUGCUGAACAACAACAAUGGCAACAAUUACAAGCAGUUGCACAAAUGACAUCAAUGCAACAAACUGACAGCGAACAAGAAGACUAUUCAUAAGAUACAAUACAAAAAUUAUUCAAUCGAUCAUAUAUAAAGUUUCACCACAACCUAUAUUAAGAAACAUAUAUAUAUAUAAAAAAAAUAGGAAAUGUUAUUUUUAAUAAAAGUAAAAAGUGUAUAAU